GCGGGCCGAGGCUGGACGGGAGCCCCGGGGGCGCGGCAGCGAGGAUGAGGAGGACGAUUCGGAGAUCGGUCUGAGGAGGGAGCGUCCCUCCGGCGCGGAAUGCGAUGUUAAUUCUGGGGUGCUGAUGUUCUACAAUGCCUGAUCAAGACAGAAAGGUGAAGACGACCACAGACAAAUCAACUGAUAAACAACAGCAAGGGACCGCCACCAGGGACUAUUCAGAUCUUAAAAGACUUCUGUGCCUUUUGAACGUUCAGUCGAGCAAACAACAGCUUCCAGCCAUUAAUUUCGAUAGUGCCCAAAAUAGCAUGACGAGGUCUGAGCCCACCAUCAAGGUGGGUGGACACAGAGCCCGAGGCCAGUGGCACGAGUCCACAGAAGCUGUUGAACUUGAAAAUUUUAGUAUAAACUACAAGAAUGAGAGAAAUUUCAGCAAACAUCCCCAGCACAAACUCUUUCAGGAGAUCUUCACAGCAUUGGUGAAAAAUAGACUCAUUUGCAGAGAGUGGGUUAACCGAGCCCCGUCAAUUCAUUUUUUGAGAGUGUUAAUCUGUCUGAGGCUACUAAUGAGGGAUCCAUGUUAUCAGGAAAUCCUCCACAGCUUGGGCGGCACGGAGAACCUAGCUCAGUACAUGGAGAUCGCGGCCAACGAGUACCUGGGCUACGGAGAAGAGCAGCACAGCGUGGAUAAGCUGGUCAACAUGACGUAUAUUUUUCAAAAACUUGCUGCUGUCAGAGACCAAAGGGAAUGGGUCACCACCAGCGGAGCCCACAAGACUUUAGUAAAUCUACUUGGUGCCAGAGACACAAAUGUUCUCCUGGGUGCCCUUCUAGCUCUUGCGAGCUUAGCAGAAAGUCCAGAAUGUAGGGAGAAGAUAAGUGAACUCAACAUUGUGGAAAAUCUGUUGAUGAUUCUACAUGAAUAUGACCUGCUUUCUAAAAGGCUGACGGCGGAGUUACUGCGCCUGCUUUGUGCCGAGCCCCAGGUGAAGGAGCAAGUGAAGCUCUACGAGGGCAUCCCCGUCCUCCUGAGUCUGCUCCACUCCGACCACCUGAAGCUGCUCUGGAGCGUCGUCUGGAUCCUGGUGCAGGUCUGUGAGGACCCGGAGACCAGUGUGGAGAUCCGCGUGUGGGGAGGCAUCAAGCAGCUGCUUCACCUUUUACGAGGAGACAGAAAUUUUGUUUCUGAUCGCUCCUCCCUUGGAAGCUUGUCUAGUGCAAAUGCUGCAGGCCGGAUCCAGCAGCUUCAUUUGUCCGAAGAUUUAAGCCCUCGAGAAAUACAAGAAAAUACCUUCUCUCUUCAAGCAGCCUGUUGUGCCGCCCUCACGGAACUGGUGCUCAAUGACACCAAUGCUCACCAGGUGGUCCAGGAAAAUGGUGUAUAUACAAUUGCAACAUUAAUUUUACCAAACAAACAAAAGAAUGGAGCAAAAACUAAUCUAUUACAGUGUUAUGCUUUCCGAGCAUUGAGGUUUCUCUUUAGUAUGGAAAGAAACAGGCCACUCUUCAAAAGACUUUUCCCCACCGACUUGUUUGAGAUCUUCAUUGACAUAGGGCAUUAUGUUCGUGACAUCAGUGCUUAUGGAGAAUUGGUAUCCAAGUUGAAUUCAUUAGUGGAGGACGAAUUGAAGCAAAUUGCUGAAAAUAUUGAAAGCAUUAAUCAGAAUAAAGCUCCUUCGAAAUACAUAGGCAACUAUGCGAUUUUGGAUCAUCUUGGAAGUGGAGCUUUUGGCUGUGUUUACAAGGUCAGAAAACGCAGUGGUCAAAAUCUCUUAGCAAUGAAAGAGAUCAAUUUACAUAACCCAGCAUUUGGAAAGGAUAAAAAAGAUCGUGACAGCAGUGUAAAAAAUAUUGUUUCUGAAUUAACAAUAAUAAAGGAACAGCUGUAUCAUCCCAAUGUUGUUCGUUAUUAUAAAACAUUUCUGGAAAAUGAUAGGCUGUAUAUAGUUAUGGAACUUAUAGAAGGAGUCCCACUUGGAGAGCAUUUCAGUUCUUUGAAGGAAAAACAACACCAUUUUACUGAAGAAAGACUAUGGAAAAUAUUUAUACAGCUCUGCUUAGCUCUUCGGUACUUACACAAGGAGAAGAGGAUUGUCCACAGAGAUCUGACACCAAACAACAUUAUGUUGGGAGAUAAGGACAAAGUGACAGUUACUGACUUUGGCCUGGCAAAGCAAAAGCAAGAAAACAGUAAACUCACAUCGGUUGUUGGAACGAUCCUGUAUUCUUGCCCUGAGGUGCUGAAGAGCGAGCCAUAUGGGGAGAAGGCGGACGUGUGGGCUGCAGGCUGCAUCCUCUACCAGAUGGCCACCCUGGACCCUCCGUUUUACAGCACCAACAUGCUCUCGUUGGCUACAAAAAUCGUGGAAGCAGUCUAUGAACCUGUGCCUGAAGGCAUCUACUCUGAAAAAGUGACGGAUACCAUCGGCAGGUGCCUGACUCCUGACGCAGAAGCCCGUCCAGACAUUGUAGAAGUCGGCUCGAUGGUGUCGGAUGUAAUGAUGAAGUAUUUAGACAACUUAUCUACAUCCCAGCUGGCUCUAGAAAGGAAGCUAGAACGAGAACGGAGGCGCACACAGAGGUGUUUUAUGGAAGCCAACCGAAAUGCCGUCAUGUGUCACCAUGAGCUGGCUCUGCCAUCUCACGAUACCUUUGAGAAGGCAAGCUUGAGUAGCAGCAGCAGCGGAGCAGCCAGCCUGAAAAGCGAACUUUCAGAAAGUGUAGACUUGCCCUCCGAAGGCUUCCACGCCCCCUGUGGUAAGGAUGAAGACAGGGCCUGUGAGGACAUCCUGUCUGAUGAAACCUUCAACCUGGAAACUAUUGAGAAAGAUAUUUAUUCAGAGCUGGACGAUGAGUUGGAUGUCUCAGAUAACUCCAGCAGCUCCAGCUCAAGCCCUUUGAAAGAAUCCACGUUCAACAUUUUAAAGAGAAGUUUUAGUGCUUCAGGAGGAGAAAGACAAUCCCAAACAAGGGACUUCACAAGCACAAUAGGAUCCAGACCAAGACCAGCUUUGCUGCCUCUUGACCUGCUUCUGAAAGUGCCACCCCUCAUGCUCAGGGCCCACGUUAAGGAUCUAGAGGCCGAGCUAGUGACAGGGUGGCAGUCCCACAGCCUCCCUGCUGUGAUUCUCCGCAGCCUCAAAGAUCAUGCAUCUGCAGGCAUCGCUGUAUCCCAGAGGAAAGUGCGACAGAUCAGUGAUCCCAUUCAGCAGAUACUAAUUCAGCUGCACAAAAUCAUCUACAUCACACAGCUUCCUCCAGCUUUGCACCACAAUUUGAAAAGGAGGGUGAUAGAGAGAUUCAAGAAAUCCCUCUUCAGCCAGCAGAGCAACCCUUGUAAUUUAAAAUCUGAAAUUAAAAAGCUGUCCCAGGGAUCUCCAGAACCCAUUGAGCCCAACUUUUUCACAGCAGAUUACCAUUUGUUACGUCAUUCAUCCGAUGGAAAAAGCCUGUCCCCAAAAGACUCCGCAGGUCUACCCACCAGCUUUGAUUUAGAGGAAGGAAUAACAUAUGAAGAGAUGCAGACCGUGAUUGAAGAAGUCCUAGAGGAAAGUGGCUAUUACAAUUUUACAUCUAACAGGUAUCACUCCUAUCCAUGGGGGACCAAGAAUCAUCCCACCAAAAGAUGAAUUGCUGCAUUUGGAAUGGACUUGGUUUUCCCAGUGAAGUUCAAGUUCUGAACUUCAGCCACUACUUGCAAGAUGCUCAAGGACUGGGUGUUGCUAGAAAGAUGUGGGAGAAAAAAAAGACCAAAAUGUAAUGGGACCUUCAGGAUCUCCUCCCAGAACCCUAUGGUCAGGUGUAUGACAGCUGCAGUGCUGGGGGUUCCAUCCCAGAAUACAUUAUAUACAGGAUGUCAGGGCUGUCGAUGUGCUCCUGGGAGAAAAGACUGCAAAAUUCAUCUGUGGGGACAAAAAGCCUCACUCUCACAGAACAUUAAUCUCCAAGAUAAAAAAAAAUCAUAUUUUUUGAAAAAUAUUUUCUACUCAGGAUUGAUAAAAUAGUAUUUAAAGGUAUCUAGUUUUCCUUGUAUAAAAGAAAUUGUUCUAGAUAAAGAAAAUUAUAGAACCCAGAAUGGCAUAUUGGGUGACUCACUGUAUGCAUCAUUUCUUUUUAUCUCAAAAGAAAUUCAAAAUACAUGGUUGAUUUUUUUAAUGCAAGGAUUGGUUCUAUCUUAACCAUUCUGGUGCUGGUGGCCUUGAACCAUGAUACAGUGUAGACAGUAUUUGUAACUUUGCACAGCCUCUGGGAAUAACUGUUAAAUGUUACAUUUAAGUUAGACUAACUGAAUUAUUAAUAUACAAUGUGUAUAUAUGUACAUAUAUGUGGGGGAGAGAGGUUUUGAUUAGACUAAUGCUUUGCUGCUGAUCAAACUUAUGGUGUUUUUAGAGCACUUUAAAGAGUUUAUAGAAUCUAUGAAAGGGAUGCAAUAUUCCUUCCUCCAAGUCCUUUCUUACUAAAAUUACCUACAAUGUUUAUAAAUUUUUAUUGUGAAAAUUAGAAAUGAAACUAAGUUGUGUAAUAAAGUAUAAAAUCAUUCUUUAUUCAUUGAGACACCCCAUAGAAAGAGAAGCAAGAAUGCCAGAGUCCUAUUCCCAGGUAGGGAGAGUUUAUGACCAACGUUUGAUAGAUUCAUUUUGGGCUAAAAUUCUUCAGUCGACUUUUAUAACUCUGUAAUGGCUCUUAUUGCCAAAUCAGACUGCAUUUCUGACUACUUAAAGAACAAUUAAUUUGCAUUAAAUGAGUG